GCUUAAUUUUCUCCGAGCAUGAUGGGAACGUGGGCCCCAAUAACUGCGGCUUCCCGUGUUAUCUGCCACCGGUGUUGUCCGCACUACAAACAUGAGUGGGUGAAAAUAAAGGGUUUAUCACUGAAGAGGCGCCGUCUCUGUUCUCCUCCCCUUCACCCUCUCUCUUGUGUCCCUCUCUUCUCGGUGUCUUUCGUCCCUCUCUUCGCUCCUGGUUCAAGUCAUAGACGCCUUCACUGGUCACCACCACUGUACCCUCUUUUCCAAAAUUUUGGCCGUCGUACCACCUUACGAACACAUUCUUUACGCGCCCUCUGCUCAAGCCACGGACCCCGAAUUCGUCGCCCAAGCAUAGGACGCCACCUUUAAUUCUGUGCCUAGAGUUUUGCCGUCUGAGCAUUCUUUUCGUACUCAAUCGCGGGGAAAACACGCGAUUUCUUGCCCGUUACCAACGUAUCUGCCAAUUUCGGGCACUCGCAUAAGCCGCGGUGCCUGUUUCUUAGAGGCACUUGAUACGCGUCAAUCCUUUGCAGGACUCAUCCCUUGAUAAACGCGCCGAAAAAACAACAAUCCAACCUCGACUCUGCAGUAUCUGAAGAAAAUGCGCUUUGGCUCUCUUCUCUACUCCUGGCUCGGGUUAUCGACUCCAGGCAGUUCGGCGCCUAGCACGUCCCUCGCCGUCUUCUCCUCCAAUGCCUCGUCUUCCCACCAUCUCCAGACCCGCGGUGUUACGUGGAACAAUCUUGGAUGUGUCACCGAUGGCCCUGCUCGCGCCCUAACGGGCGAUUACACAACCUCCCCUUCGAUGAGUGUGGAGUACUGCCAGUCUUACUGCUUCAGCUCGGGCUACCUCUUUGCCGGAACGGAAUUCGGUAAUGAGUGCUACUGUGGUAACACGGUCUCGAACGGGCUCGGAGUGUCCACGUCUUCAAGUAGUUGCAGCGUGGCCUGCGCUGGGAACUCUGGCGAGACCUGCGGUGGCAAUAGUGCCUUAAAUCUGUAUCAAGCUUCCAUGGGUUCCUCCGGCUCUACCUCAAAAUGGGUUUCCCUUGGCUGUUAUACCGAUGCGAGCAGCCGUGCUCUCAAUGCCGAAUACGCGGACUCCCUGUCAAUGACGAUGGAAUGGUGCCAAAAUUACUGUCUGUCAUACGGGUACACGUAUGCCGGGGUGGAGUACGCCGAAGAGUGCAUGUGCGGUAGCUCCAUCACUACAGGCUCCGGCCAGGGUGUGCUCGCCACCGAUGGAAGGUGUAACAUGGGCUGCUUGGGCAAUACCGCCGAGGAGUGUGGCGGCACAUGGGCAAUCAACAUCUGGCAGUAUCAGACGGUCACACAAUCCAGCGGUUGGACGUCCCUCGGAUGUUACGUCGACGCCAGCAACCGAGCACUUAACGCUAUGUAUGCCGACUCGCUGUCCAUGACCAAGGAAUGGUGCCAGAACUACUGCCUUUCCAGCGGUUUCAUCUACGCGGGCGUCGAGUACGCAGAAGAGUGCAUGUGUGGUAACUCGAUCACCACCGGGUCCGGCCAAGGUGUGCUUGCUACCGAUGGGCGGUGUAACAUCGGCUGCUUAGGUAAUGCCGGAGAGCAAUGUGGUGGUACCUGGGGCAUCAACAUCUGGGUAUAUGGCGACGUUUCGACUUCUAGCUCUACUGCUACAACAGUCACCACGACUGCCACAUCAACGACCUCUACGACCACUGCGCCCAGCACGACCACGACCAGCAGUUUUGCCACCCCGACAUUUGCCGGGUGGACGUCUCUUGGCUGCUAUGUCGAUGCAAGCAACCGUGCCCUCAACAGCGAAUAUGCCGACUCGCUCCAAAUGACGCUCGAGAUAUGUCAGAGCUAUUGUUUAUCCAAUGGGUACAGCUACGCUGGCGUUGAAUAUGCGGAGGAGUGUAUGUGCGGCAGUUCCAUCCAAACCGGCUCCGGUCAGGGUGUACUUGCCACGGACGGGAGGUGCAACAUGGGAUGCAAGGGCAAUCCUACCGAACAAUGCGGCGGCACUUGGGGCAUCAAUAUCUGGAAGUAUACGGGAACGACGUCCACAUCCCCCUCAACCGCAACCCCGACUCCGAGUGGUGGUUCCAACCCAGCUUGGGUCAGUCUGGGCUGCCGAGUAGAUGUCAGUGCCCGAGCUCUCAGUGCCACUUCAACUUCGUCGUCGUCGAUGACGGUCAAGACUUGCCAGAACUGGUGCGCAAGCCAAGGUUACCUGAUGGCUGGUGUCGAGAAUGGGAACGAGUGCUACUGUGGCAACGACUUCACCAACAAUGGUGGCGGACAAGCCGCUUCUAGCGAUUGCAGUACACCUUGCGCCGGCAGCUCGACCGAGAUCUGCGGUGGCGGUUGGAGAUUGAGCGUGUAUACCCUGUCUACGGCUGCCUCGGUCACUUCUGUGGCAUCAAGCACAACCACAACAAGCACAACAUCAACCACGUCUUCCUCUACUGCUACUCCUUCUCUCACCACUGGUUUGACAACCAACAAGGUGGUCAUUGCUCACCACAUGGUUGGGAACACGUUCCCCUACAGCCAAUCAAGCUGGGCAGCCGACAUUGCCCUAGCUCAGUCCAGCGGCAUUGAUGCUUUUGCACUUAACUACGGCUCCGACUACUGGGAACCUGGCCAGUUGAGUUCUGCGUAUGCGGCCGCCGUGGGUACAGGGUUCAAGCUGUUCCUGUCGGCCGACAUGACCGCCCUCCCCGGUGGAUCGGAUGGAGAUGCUCAGAAUCUUGCCAAUCAGGUUCGACAGUUCGCUGGUCACCCCAACCAACUCUAUUAUAACGGAGGCCUGGUAUUCAGCACCUUUUCUGGGGAGACUACAACUUUCGGACAGGGAAGUGUUCAAGCUGGAUGGCAAGAUGUACUCAACAAGAUAGGAGUUCAAGUCACUUUUAUGCCUUCGUUCUUCGUCGACCCAAGUACCUUCGGGAAUUACCCCUUCGUGAGUGGCGCAUUCAACUGGAAUGGCGGGUGGCCGUCGGGCGACUCAGAUGUCACCUAUGGUACUGAUCAGCAAUGGAUCAAUGGCCUGAAUGGGAAACUUUACAUGGCUGCUGUCUCCCCCAACUUCUUCACCCACUACAGCUAUAAAAAUUUCCUGUACAAGAACGACGAUAACCUGUUUGCAACUCGCUGGGAGAUGCUUAUCGCCAACCGCAACCAAAUCGCCAUGACCGAAAUUAUAAGCUGGAACGACUAUGGUGAGUCACACUACGUAGGGCCCAUCGAAGGUGCCAUGCCCGACGGUACAACAUGGGUGAAUGGAUUUCCCCACACGGCGUGGCUUGAUAUGAACAACUACUACUCGUUCGCCUUCAAGUAUGGUUUCUACCCCACUUUCACCAACGACAAGGUCUAUAUCUAUGGACGUCCGCAUCCAGCUGGCGCAUCGGCGUGUUGUGAUGGCAUUGGUCAGCCAAACGGGUACAACUGGGAAGAGGACAAUUUUUACGUCGUGGUUUUUGCUACAUCCUCCGCGUCUCUCGUUCUCUCUACGCCACCUUCUGGGUCUGGGGCGUCCCCUACAAGUGGCAAUGCCAACCCCACCACCGUCAAUGUCAACGUCGGCAUCAACAAGUUCAGUCAUUCUCUCGCCGUAGGCUCGGGCAUGCGUGCUACCCUCUACCGGAAUAACGUACAGGUGAUCGAUGUCAACCCCAGUGAUUACACUUUUAUCAGCAACCCUCAAACUCUGAAUUACAAUGUCUACGUGGCAAUAGGCUCGUCAUAA